UAAAGGCAGAGCUGGUUCAACAUGAACGCCACUCGCCUAGACACUCUGAAGGAGGCCUUCACCAAGAAUUUCAUCACGGUCUUCCUCAGCGUCAUCAUCAACCUCGUCAACGGCUCUUUUGUCUACAUCUACUUCAGGAGUCAAGAGUUCCAGAGGGACCCUAGGUAUGUGCUGUUCAUCCACCUGGUCCUUAAUGACAUGGUGCUGUUGAGCCUUUCUGUGGCGCUACAGAUCAUAGUCUACACCUUCCGGCUCACACUCGCCCCCUGCUGUUUCCUGAUCCUCAUCCUCCUCACCGCAAACAAUCCAGUGACCAUAGCCUGCACGUUGGUAUUACUAGUUAGGUCGGAACUACUAGCAGCACUGUAUUCCAGGAACAGUCCAGUGAACCUAGCCUGCAUGGCGGUGGAGCGCUACAUCGCUGUGUGUUGGCCGCUACAGCACCCCCAGCUGUGCACCGUGGGUCGCACCUACUGCCUGAUCGGCCUCAUCUGGGGCGUGUCCUUCCUCCCCGGCCUCAGCAACCUGGUCAUCCUGCUGCUGAACUGGCCUGCUUCCGGGUCCUGGUUCUCGGUGGUCACCUGCUACGCCAACCGCAUCUUCAACACGCCCCAGCACCAGACCAGCGACCUUUUCAUGGAAGUCUUCUUCCUGUCCGUGGUGAGCGUCACCCUGGCCGCCACCUACCUCAAGGUGCUGUUCGCCGCCAGCGCCGCCUCCGCCAGCAGCCGAGCGUCGGCCAGGAAGGCGAGGAACACCAUCCUGCUCCACGGCGUCCAGCUGCUCAUCUGCAUGCUCACCUACGUGGCGCCGUUCGUCUGCGUACACCUCAUCAGGGCCAUGCCCCACCAGCUCACCCUAAUCCUCUUAAUCUCAUUCAUCCUCGUCAACAUCCUGCCGCGCCUCCUCAGCCCCCUCAUCUACGGCGUGCGCGACCAAAAGUUCAGGACUCAGAUCAGACUGCUCUUCUCCUGCAGGAGCUCUGGGCCUGGGGAGGGCGAGAGACUGAAGCCCACAGCAGACAAGAGAGUUGGACCAGUGGAGGGUAAUAGAGGGACAGCGACAGCGGGAGAGAGAGGGAGCUCCAAAAAGAUUAAAAGUAGAUGAAAUUCAGCAAUAAAGCUACUGUUUAGCUGCUCAUAGAUGGCACACAGGCUACCCAAACUAGUAAACGUUGUUCAAAGUUUGGAAAUAGAUUUAGCACACAAAGAUUUUAAAAUACAAAUAGAAGAAUGAAAGGGAUUUUAGAUUGUAUGCUUAAUUAAUUCAGAGUACCAGUAGGCAUACAUGCUGACCAACUACGUGACAUUAAAUGUUUAUUGAUCUAUACUUAGGCAACCCUAACCCUAACCCUUAUAACAAUGUUUAUAACAUUAUAUGCUUAAAAUAUGCAUUGAUUUCGUGCUUUGUUUGCUGUAACGCCACCUGUUCGCAACUAGAUGGGGACAUCCUCUCAGUAAAGAUUAAGAACGCUGAAUAAAGAGGCCUAUUAAGCCUAAACCAUUCUUGAGAAUUACAACGACUUCAAUGUGCAUAAUGUUCGGCUCAACGUCUGUAUAUGUUUUUAAAUGCACACACAAAUAAAGUAUUUUCUUGUU